AUGGACACCAUGGUCCAGGAGCAAUAUGUCAACCACAUCCCCACAAUAACUGGCGGCAUUGGGCGUGAAAACCUAACCCAGUUCUACGCGAACCAUUUUAUUUUCAAUAACCCGGACGACACCGUCUUGGAACUCGUUAGUCGGACGGUCGGUAUUGACUGGGUGGUCGACGAGUUUAUCUUCACAUUCACACACGACAAGAUGGUGGACUGGCUUAUACCCGGAAUCCCACCUACUGGGAAAAGACUCCGCAUUCCGUUCACCGCGGUAGUGAACAUCCGUGGUGAUAGACUCUACGGCGAACACAUUGCCUGGGACCAAUUGACCAUGCUCUUCCAGCUCGGUCUCAUGCCCGAGUAUCUUCCGAUUCCGUACUCACUGCCAGACGGAGCAACGCCGCAUCCUGGGCAGCAGCUGCAGUAUCGGGUCCCUGGUGAUGGAGAUGAAACAGCGGCUAAGAUGCUGGAUGAAAGCAGUGUUCCUUCAAACAGGAUGAUUGAGAAACUUUACCAUACGAGAAGUUAG